AUGGGUGAUCGCAACAGCUAUUCGAGUUCGUAUGCACGAACGUUACCGCCUCUGACGAACAACAGCAACGGAUCGUUUUCCCCAAGUCCGUUCCCGCCACUGCUUGCCCAGCGCCCGGCGCCCUACAAUGCCCACAUCCACCCUGUCCCGUCCCCGUCCCAGCUCGAGCCCAUCCAUCCCCCGCCACAGCCCAAUUGGCGCCGAGACGACAGACGCGAGUUUGACAAUGGCUACUAUCCACCCAACUAUGCCAACUCCCGCCGCGACUCGUACUCCGAUCCCCGUUCCUCCCGUGUAGUUCCCUCUGUUCCAGAUGUCCCCAAGGAUGUCGACGACAACAUGCCACCCACGAGCGACUUUGUCAAGAAGCUCUACAAGAUGCUCGAGGAUCCGCAGUUUGCACACGUCGUGACCUGGGGUCCACAGGGCGACUGCUUUGUGGUCAAGGAUGUCACCGAGUUCACCAAGUCGAUUUUGCCACGAAUGUUCAAGCACUCCAAUUUUGCUUCGUUUGUCCGCCAACUCAACAAGUACGACUUUCACAAGUUGAAAAAUGCCGAGGCCGAGGCGGGUGGCAUGGGCUAUGGAGACCAGAGCUGGACAUUCAAGCACCCCGAUUUCCGGGCCGAUGACCGAGAGGCGCUCGAAAAUAUCAAACGCAAGGUCCCUGCCGCACGCAAGAGCAAAAACAAUGCCCCUCCGCCCCCGCCCAGCCAGCCAGCCACUCCCGCAGCCCCACAGGCAAAGACAGAGAUCGCAACUCCCCCUGCAGGUGACUCUCCCGCUGGAACGGGCGAUGGCCCGCGUGAGAACGAAACAAUCCGCAUGCUCAUAGCCCAGAUCGAAACUCUGCGCCAGAGCCAGGAAACUACCCGGAGAGCCCACGAAGAGCAAAUCGAGGGUCUCAGGCGCACGGCUGAAGAUAUGAGUGCGCACAUCCGGAACCUUGAGACCAACUACCAGAAUGUGCUCGGCGAGAUUGUCCAUUUCCAGCGAAACAUGGCCAACCAGGACAAUCUCAUGCAAAAUCUUAUUGGUUACUUUAUCGGGAUGGAAAGCAAGAAAGGCACCUCGACGGCCCCCGGAGAAGGCCCCACGGACGGCGAUCCCCACAACCAGUUCAUGAGCGGGAACGAUGCGAGCAAAAUAUUCGAUCUGGGCGCGCAAGACGUUGCUCGCGCAUCAUUCGAGCAAAUGAAUGAGAUCUCCCGUCGCGCCGAAGGCUCGAGGAUAUCCUUUGGGGACAACCCCAUUUCCAUGCCCGGAAUGCAGAACCAGAUGCCGACUCAGCCCGGACUGGGCGCCAUGGCCACUGCCAUGGCCAAUCAGUCCAUGGGGAACCAAACCCAAAUCCCCAACCAGGCUAUGCCCAACCAGCAGCCUCCGAGCAUGCCCAACCAGGCCAUCCAGAAUCAAACUCAGAUGGGUCCUCAGGCGCCCAGUCCCGGUGCGGCCGUUAUUGGAGGCAAGUCGGUCCAGCAAAUGUCCCGCGAAGAGUUGCUCGGCCGGGUCGAAGAUCUUCAGCGCGAGCGGCCCGAUCAGCAGCCGUUUACCCAUUCUGGCUUUUUGCCGAUGCUCAACAGUCAGAUUGAUCAGAGAUAUGUUCAGCAGCGCAAGGAAGAAGAGUCGCACAAGGGGUUGCAGGUUAUCACACUUGGCCAGCUUGUCCCGCGUGAUGGAGAGUAUCAGCAACAGCAGCAGCAGCAGCAACAACAGCAAGGGCCAUCGAUGUCUCAGCAGGCCCAGCAGCAGCAGCAGCAGGCCCAGCAACAGCAACAGCAACAGCAACAACACAGCAGCAGGCUCAGAUUCGACGGCGUAGGCGCAGUCGACAAGAUGAAUUUGGAAAAGUACGAUCUCGUGCUGAUGGACAUUGUGAUGCCCAAGAUGGAUGGUAUUAGCGCCACAUCGCUCAUUCGUCGAUUCGACCAUAUGACCCCUAUUAUUUCCAUGACGAGCAACUCGAAACCCAACGAAAUCAUGACUUAUUAUUCAUCUGGUAUGAACGAUAUUCUUCCAAAACCCUUUUCCAAGGAAGGGCUAUUUGAGAUGCUCGAGAAACAUUUGAUGCAUUUGAAGCAAAUUCACCAGCUCGGGCAGUUCCCGCGCAGUGUCUCGAUCCCGCCCAUGAAUGACGCACACAUGCUCGAUUAUAUGCAACAUCACGAAUCUGGCGCCUCGUCUUCCAAGUUGGCGUACAACAAUGGAAACGGAAACAAGUCCAACGGGAUGUUCAACAACGGGUUCUCGUACGAGGACGACGGCGACCCAAGCAAAGUCAGCCCAUUUGCGGCGCUAGGUCUCAGCGAGGACUCGUACCAGAUGAUAAUCGGGGACAUGAUGGGCAGCCAGGAGACUGCCAACGGUGGAUUCUUUGGGAGCAUGCCCAUGGACGGACGCAAACGAGGGAUCGACGAAGAUGGGGAUGACGGAAGCGCCAAACGACCCCGAUUCGAGGAGAUUGUCGAUUAG